CCCCCCCCGCGGUCCCACGUGGCAGCGCCCGGCGCCCCGACGGGGCGGGCGGGACCCCCUCCCCCCGGAGCCCCCCGGUCCGUGUCACCCCCGGCGGGGGAGGGAGCGGGGCCAGCGACAUCCGGGCCCUUGGCUGGCACCGCCGCCGAGCCGCCGGCACGGCAGCCGCGGGUCAGCGCCGCCGGACGGGGCGGGCGGUGCCUCCGUGCCCCUCGCCGUGCCGUGCCCGCCGCCAGCCCCCCCGAGGUGCGCGGAGCUGCCCCGCCCCGCCCCGUCCUGUCCCGUCCCGUCCCGUCCCACGGCAGGGGCGAUGCUACCCUCGCUGAGCCGCCCGCGGCUCCCUCGCUGCUGAUUCGCUUUAGACGGUUCGCCUGGCGCAGGAUCAUCCCGCGGAUAACCCCUCAUCCCGGCGGCGGCUGCGAGCCUGGGCGAUGCGGCUCCAAGACUGACCCUGCUGAGAGCCCCUGAGAUAUUGAACUCUAUGAGCGGAGACCACUUGACUGCACUCAGCACCUUUCAGGACCAGGCCCUAGGAGAUGGUCAGAGGAGCGAAGGGAGCGUCGCCGAUUUGAAAGAAAACCAAGGGUCCUGGGCACUAAAUGAGAAUAUGGCCAAUGGCAUUGAAGAUCUUAUCGGGAUCCCCUUCCCGAACCACAGCAGCGAGGUGUUGUGUGGUCUGAACGAGCAGCGGCACGACGGGCUCCUCUGCGAUGUCAUCCUCAUCGUGCAGGACCAGGAGUACCGCACCCACCGCUCCGUCCUGGCUGCCUGCAGCAAGUACUUCAAAAAACUUUUCACUACCGGCACUUUAACAGACCAGCCCUAUGUUUACGAGAUUGACUUUGUCAAGCCUGAAGCACUUUCUGCCAUCCUCGAGUUCGCCUACACCUCAACGCUCACCAUCACCACCUCAAACGUCAAGCACAUCCUCAGCGCUGCCAAGAUGCUGGAGAUCCAGAGCAUUAUCAAUGUAUGCCUUGAAAUCAUGGAGCCCGACAGAGAGGCCGAAGAGGAAGAUGACAAAGAGGACGAAGAUGAUGACGAAGAUGAAGACGAAGAUGAGGAGGAAGAGGAGGAGGAGGAAGUGGAAGAUUUCGUCAAUCAGGAGAACCUAACCGAUGUACAAGAAGUAAGCUGCCACCAAAGCCCUUCUGAGUCUGAUCUUACCGAAGAAGCAUAUCCAGAAGCACCUAAAGAUUUUCCAAAUCACUUCCCAGCCAGUAACUCCUCUGGACACCUGGGCAUGAUACGAGACUUCUCCAUCGAGUCCUUGUUAAGUGAAAACCUGUACCCUAAGGCAAACAUCCCGGAAAGAAGGCCAGCUCUCUCUCCCUUCGCCCCCAGCUUCUUCCCCCAUCUAUGGAACGGAGACUUUAGCUCCUUCUCCCAGCUGGAGGAACCACAAGUAGACAACGGCCCCUUGGAUCUGGUGAUCAAAAAGAGGAAGAUCAAGGAAGAGGAAGAGAAGGAAGACCUGCCUCCGCCUCCUUUCCCUAAUGACUUCUUCAAGGACAUGUUUGCCAACACCGCAGCGGCUCCCUUAGGGCAUAUUAAGGCAGAGACUGACUAUAGCGCUUAUCUGAAUUUCUUAAGCGCUACCCAGUUCGGAGGAGUUUUUCCUCCAUGGCCCCUGGAGGAAGAGAGGAAAAUAAAGCCCAAGGCAUCCCAGCAGUGCCCCAUCUGCAACAAAGUCAUCAUGGGAGCCGGCAAGCUGCCCAGGCACAUGAGGACCCACACGGGGGAGAAGCCCUAUAUGUGCAAUAUCUGUGAAGUUCGCUUUACCAGGCAGGACAAGCUCAAGAUCCACAUGCGGAAGCACACGGGGGAGCGGCCGUACCUGUGCAUCCACUGCAACGCCAAGUUCGUGCACAACUACGACCUGAAGAACCACAUGCGCAUCCACACGGGCAUCCGGCCCUACCAGUGCGAGUUCUGCUACAAGAGCUUCACCCGCUCCGACCACCUGCACCGCCACAUCAAGCGGCAGAGCUGCCGGAUCGCGCGGCCCCGGCGCGGCCGCAAGCCGGCGGCGUGGCGGGCGGCCGGCCUGCUCUUCGCCCCCGGCGGCCCGCCCGUGGAGAGCGGCUUCGUGAUGCCGCCCACGCUGGAGGAGAUGAGCGGCCACCUCGGCAGCACGGCCAUGUGCCUUCCCGGCCCCAGCCCCAAGCACUUCUUGAGCGGGGCCAAGGCCUCCUUCAGCCUGCAGGAGCUGGAGAGCCAGUUCGAGGAGACCCAGAGGAAGCUCUUCAGGCGGGCCCAGAUGGACAUGGAGAGGAACGCGGGGAUCUUCGCCUUCGCCCUGGGCCACAACGAAAACCUCGCUGCCCAGCCCUUCUUCCCGCUCCCCGACCCUUGGAGCACAGGCUUCAGUGGCCUGGCAGGGCUGGGCCACGUGGCUCCCAUCUCAGAGGCAAGCAACUAAACCCACUCCCGGUCCCACCAUGCGCCUGCUCUCUUCCCAGCAAGGCAGCCAGCUCCCUCGGGGCCCCCACCUGCCCUUUUGCGUCACUGGACUCCCAAUAAACUCUUUGUCCCCUUGCUGACAUGGGGCUUGGGGCACUGGGUUGUCCCUGGGGAGAGCAAGGAGUGGGCAGGUGCUGUGCCCCCUGGCCACUGGCACUUUAGACUCUGGAUGCACUUGGCUUUGGGGCCAUCAGGCACUCGCUGUCCCACCCAGCCACCCACCACUCAUGGCUCCAUCUGGGAAGGCCAGGCCAGGACUGCUGCUCUCUUCAACACUCCCGAAAAUGUCACUUGCCUUAGUCCAGGGCACAGCCAUCACUUUGAGAUGGCUCUUCUGGGGGAAAUACUCCCCAUUUUCCACCUGCAGAGCCCACUGGACACCAACAAGCCGUCCAGACUUGGUUUUGUUCUGUUACAUUCCUUGGCCCUUUUGGUCAAAAGGACUUUUCUCUUUUUGAUUUUUUUUUUGUAUUCUUUUUUUGAUUUUGUUUUUGUUUGUUUCUUUGGUUCGGUUUGUUUUUUUUUGUUUUUUAAUUAAUUCCCAUGUCUGGCAGCAAUAUUUAUCCUACAAGGGAUAAAGGGGAGGGUCAAGCAGCCAUGUUGGGAGAGGGAGGAUCCUGGCCUUUGACUUUCUCAGCAGUAUAUCGGAUUUACAGGGCUGGUGAAAGCCCUUGAUCUGCAGCAUGAGUUGGGACCCUAAAAACAUUAAAAAAAAAAAAAAAAAAAAGGAGAUAAAAAAUCACCCAGCUGCAAAGCUGGGUGUAAAAGGGGGAUUUACUUAUUUUGGUUCUUUAGCUAUUUCAAAAUUUCAAAAGGAGAACCAAAGCCUAUUUUGAGUAUUUUAACUUCAGUUGCUUGAAAAGGUGAAGGAAAAGUUUUGGAAGAAUCAGAAAUGUUUCAAUAUUGAGCUUUCAUUAAACCCUUGCUUUGCGAAAAUGAACCACGUGGGAAUUUGGAAAUGAAAAAGUCGUUUCAAACCAAAGAGUCAGAAUUCGCCGCCACUGACCACUCUGAAAAGUCUGGGGUUCUGUCCUUAGUUCCCUCGAAUUCCUAUAUAUAUAUAUUUUGUUGACAAAAAUUUACAAAACACACUCAUGUGUGUCGAUGGGAAAAAAUUGAGUGUGGAAAUAUCCCUGCUGCUUGUCUCAAGGGAUCUUUGUGAAAAAGAAGUUCACUAAAGGUGUCUUGUCUACUUGCCAGCAAGCAGAAAUGCUAUUUCUUCACUCUUUGUUAGCUCAAAAGAUAAGAGGGUAACAUAUUUAGGGUGCUCCAAGCUGAAGGUGACCAACAGGUUUGGGGUGUCUCCCUAGCAUCCCUGCAGACCCCAUCUUGGCUACUCCAUCUAAGGGUUCUUUUGAGGCCAAAAGAGCAGCAGAUUGGCUGGAAUUGCCCUGUCAGCCUCCUUCAGCUCUGAAACCAUGAGCUACUCUGAUGGAUAAAGGGUUUUGGUGAACAUCUGCCUCCCAUGGCUCCUCUUAGAUGAGCCAUGGGAGGGAGAUGUGGUGGGACCCCAGUUUCAAGCAUUGGCUGACAUGUCUUGCAGUGAGUGUCCCAGGAAGCUGGUUUUACAUGAAACCAGCACUUGAAUAUGUAAAUGGUACAAACUGGGGCUUUUUUAUUUCUCUUUUUACUGUUACCUUUCAACGUCAGCAAAAUCAAAGGGAAUGAGAGGACCGCGGGUUCAUGAACUUUUUGGUUUGUCCAUCAGUGAAGUGGUGGCUGGAUGAGAACCUCCCCACCAGAGCAUGGAGGGGGACACACGGGAUCUGGGUUCUGCCCCCAUGAGGGUUUGAAGGACUUCUGCUCUGAGACCACCCGUAGCAGAGUGAUCCCAAGGAACUGCCCAGCGCUCGCUUCCUCCUCCACAAAAGAAAUCCACAGAGACUCCACGUGCAACGAAAGUCAACGGAGAGAAAAAGAGAAGAAGAAAAAAAAAAUCUUCUUAAAACUGCAACAAACUUUUUCUUUUUAAUCCAUAUCAAGUUCUUACAACAAGCAACAUUUUGCAGAUGACUGGUUCCUUCAGGUGUUUUUUUGUCUACUAUUCGGAGUCAUUGUAAAAUAUCCAAAGAUGCUGAGUACUGUAUAAUCUGCAAGGACUUGAAGCAAGGUGUUUUUUCUGUCUCGGUUUGUUUGUUAGGUUGGUUGGGUUCUUUUUUUCUUUUUUUUUUUUUUUUUCCUAUUUGUCUAAGUGGGGAUAAACCUUUGCAAUUUUUCUAUUUAUAACUAUUUUUAUGUGAUUGCUUUAUGUACAAAACAACGGAAAAAAAUCAAAACAAAAAAGUAGAGAGAAACACACACGCAUACACACACACAUACACACAGAGACAAAGAAAUUUGCCUUAGUUACUCACGGGACAAUCACCCUUAACUUUGAUCGAUGCUAAAAAGUGGAUGGGAAAAAAAAAAAAAAGAGAGAGACUAGAUUCUUUUAUGUAUUUAUUAAACUGUAUUAAUUGAUGCUUUUAAAUUAUUAGCAGGACUUGAUUCUCUUGCCUGUGGCCACGAUGAGAAGGCAAAGCCGCUGCAGUUGCUGACCCGCGUGGCCUCAGCUUUUCGGAUGUUUGCCUGGCACACAGAUCUGUGCUUUCCAAAGGCACCUUUUGGAAAGCUGAAACGAUCACUUCUGAACGAAGCAUCGAGCUGGUACGGGCUCCACCCCGAGGGGCCGUGGGCGUUGUGAUGCUGGCGAUGAUUGCGGAGUUAAGGUUGAUUUUCCCGCGUUGGCGCUGGGUUGGGUAGGGUUGGAGGGACCUGAGUGCUGGCAGUGAUUGUGUUUUGGGGGGCAGAGGGAGGAUUAGAGAAAACCCUAUUUCUUCCCGUUUUGAUGUUGUGUGGUGAGUCCAGGCCACAGGUAUCCACAUGUGAGCCCAGCUAAGCGUGGAGGUUGCCUUCCUGGGGCUCUGCUUCCUUUUCACAGCCAGGAUGGGUGUGCUGAACAGCAGCUUUGGACUGGAGGGUCUCAGGGCUCUGUCCCAGCUCAGGGUGUGGUGGCUUCUUAUUCAUCUCGCCAGGCUCCAGAGGCCUGGCUGCAGCAGGGACUGAUGAUCAGUGGACUGAUCCCACAGCGUGGGCAGCAGGGGAGGGGGGAAUUCUGCCCCUCUGCCCCCUCAGGUGAGAUCCCACUGCAGAGCUGCCUCCAGCCCUGGGGAGCAACAUCAGAAGGUCCUGGAGCUGCUGGAGCGAGUCCAGAGGAGGCCACAGAGAUGCUCCAAGGGCUGGAGCCCCUCUGCUCUGGAGCCAGGCUGGGAGAGCUGGGGGUGUUCACCUGGAGAAGAGAAAGCUCUGGGGAAACCUGAGAGCCCCUUCCAGGGCCUAAAGGGGGUUUAGAAGAAAGAUUGGGACAAACUUUUUUAGCAGGACUGUUGCAAUAGAACAAGGGGAAAUGGUUUUAAACUGAAAGAGGGGAGAUUCAGACCAGAUAUAAAAAUUUUUUACAAUGAGGGUGGCAGAACACUGGAACAAGUUGCCCAGAGAGUUGGUGACUGCCCCAUCACUGGAAAUAUUGAGAUCAAGGUUGGAUGGGGCUUGGAGCAACCUGUUUUAGUGGAAGGUGUCCCUGCCCAUGGCAGGGAAUUGAACUAGAUGACCUUUCAAGGUCACUUCCAACCCAAAUCCUUUAAUGAUUCUGUGAUUCUGUGAGCACAGCUGAUGCAAACAUGAGCCCUAUAAUUCAUGUGGCCACUCAGGAGUUGCAGAAUUUCCUUGCUAUUUUCUGAAGGAGGUGCAAAAGCUGGAAAAUAAGUGCCAGGUAGGAAUGGUGGGACUAAUCCCACGUCACUCACCCAUUUGGAAGUGAAGUAACAAGUACCCUGUGCAUAUUGAGACACCUACAUGUUGACACUUUUUAGUUUUGGAUGUCCUAACCUGCAACGUGAUCUCCAGCCUUCCUCUGGAGCUGUCCUGACUCUGGAGGGAGGCAGGUACUGAGGGAGGGUGAUUCACUCCACCCACGCUGGACCUCCCAAGGGUGGGAUGAAUCACCUUUGACAGCACCUGUCUCUGCUACCUACCAGGGUGCUUUCCUUUCCCAUAGCUCCAUGAGAUAAGGGAUGUUCCCAUCACCGCAGCGCCCUCCUCUCUGCUCAGCUGAUGGGGCAGCCUCUGGAAAAACAUUUCCCAAGAGGACGGGAUGCUGGCACAGCCCAGGGACCCAGGUCAGUCAGCUUGAUUUCUCCCCAGUCUGUUUUAACUGGGAAUGCAGUGGUAAAUAAGGAUCCAAGCCCCUCCUCCCAAGCCUGGGGACCAGGGAUUCAGGCCCAUGGGUUGUACACCCUGCUGCAAUCCCAGUAAAAAACAUCUCAAGUUCUUACAGCCACAGGUUAUUUUCCUUCCUUCUCACUCCUGAGAAGGACCCCACAGCAUCAGAUGCUCAGGUAGGGGUCCAGAUCUGCAGGCAGAAUCCAAAAACGUGUCUUGGGAAGAUGGAAAUGUCAAUCUCCCUCCCAGGGCAGGUGGUUGGUCACUGAGCAUCUCAUCUGUGCUUGGAGUCGGCAUGACCACGGCAGGGUCAUCCCAGAAAUAGUGUGUUUCUGAGCAUAAAAAAAUUAUAAAAUUAGAUUAAUGACUUUUUAGCUAUUUAAAUAUACUUUUUUUUCCCCAAAUCUUGCACUUUUUGACCCCAUUUUAUACUCAUAUUCUGGUUUGCUUAUAAAGCCAAAACAGCAACAAAACAAAAAACCAAACCAAACCAAACAAAACAAAAAAAUAGAGGGAGAUUUGCAAGGGGGAGAGUGAAAAAUCUGAAAAUUGCUAGGAGGAGCUGUGAGUUAAUCAGACACAUGGGAAUCACAGAAAGGAACCAGCUCCAGUAAAUGCUUGUUAGCAGCAACAUAUGGCCACACGCUUGCCCCUGAACAGCUGCUGUUAUCUGCUGGAGCAUCCAGGCCGUGGAGGGGGAACCAGUGCAGGGGGUGAUGCUGCACAUGCAGUGUUUGCUUGCACCAGGGUUUGCUGCCAAAGGAGCAUCUCCUGAGUGCAAGUGGCAGGGAGCUGGAUGGGCAGCUCCUUGCCCUUGGCUGAAGACCCUUUGCUGAGUGUUGCAAAAGCCUCUUCCUGCAGUCGUGCAGGAGAAAUUGCAUACAAAAUAAAAAAUUAAAUGUAUUUUAAAAAGGAAAGAGUGAGCCUGCAGUUCGGGGGAGUGAGAGGCUUUUCCAUCUGCCAAUCACCUGCAGAAAAAAAAAAAAUAAAAGGAGAGCCUAAAAUGUUUUAUACUCAAAUAUGUGGCCCUCAGCAGGACUCCCAGUGACACCAGUGGUGCUACAAAUGCCGCCAGAUCUCUGCUCUGUUCGUGCUCUGCCUGCAGCCCCCUGGGACCUUCGAUGCCCCCCCAUCCUUUCCCACCCAUUUUGGAGGAGAUUAGUGCUUUGUUUACAGUCUCAGUGCCCUGAAGCUGAAGGAUUUUGUGGUUGCAGAGGAAAGUUUUAAGAUAAGUGAGUAAAUGAAGCAAGACCCCCAAACCAUCUCCGUUCUGAGAAGACGUUGUGUUUGGCAGCAGGUCGCCCACAGCCGGGUUUUAGGGUCUGCCUUUUGGUGCCUCUGACAGUGUGCACCUCCUUGAUCUGCGCCUGAGUUUCUUUCCAAGCCAAAAAUAAAAAGGGAAGAGUGAAAAACCCCUUCUUGUGGAACCCCACAUAGUCCGAGCCCAACUGAACUGAGCUCCUUCCCACCUCCCAGCCCCACCUUUGGGAUCUCCUCCAGAAGGAGAGAAAAUACCUGUGGCUUGGAAAUACCUAUUUUUUUUUCCCUUGUUUUCCUGUGUUGAACUGAUGUUUUACAUGACUUGCACUAUUUGCUGUAGGGCAGGAUACUGUUAGGUUUCUUUGUUUCAGUCUCUUGUUUGGUUGCGACUCCUCUUGGCUAAGAAAACAGCGGUCCUGUACACGUACCUGCUGCACAUCUUACACCCUGGAGAAAAUAAACUGUUACCUGAA